GGGCAUCGCGGAAAUCCCGCCGCAGACGGACACAAUGGCGGCGGCGGCCGCCACCACGGCCGCCUGCAGCAGCGGCAGCGCCGGCACCGACGCCGCGGGCGCCAGCGGAUUGCAGCAGCCGCCGCCGCAGCCUCAGCCCACGGCCGCCGCGCCGGCCCAGCCGCCGCCCGAACCCCCCCGGAAGCCGCGCGUGGACCCGCGGCGCCGCCAGGCUGCCCUCUCCUUCCUCACCAACAUCUCGCUGGACGGACGGCCGCCGCCGCAGGACGCGGAGUGGGGCGGCGGCGAGGAGGGCGGCGCGGCCAAGCCGGGCGCCGGCGGCGCCUGCGGCGGGAGGACUCGGUUCAGCCUGCUCGCCGCUGCCGAGCGGGGCGGCUGCAUCGCGCUCGCGGCGCCGGGCACGCCGGCUGCGGGGUUGGCCGCUGGGUCCGGCCCCUGCCUCCCACAGCCCUCGUCGCUGCCGCCCUUAAUCGCUGGCGGCCAUGCGACCGUGUCCGGCCCCGGGGUGGCUCGGGGAUUCGCGAGCCCCCUGGGCGCCGGCCGGACGUCGGGGGAGCUGUGGCAGCCGCCCGGGCCGGCGCCUCUCGCCGCCUGUGCCCAAGUGCAGCUGCUCGACGGGUCCGGGGGCGCCGGGCAGGAGGAGUUGGAGGAGGACGAUGCCUUUACCGGCGUGCAGAUGCCAGCGGCCGUCUUUUUGGGCUCCGGGACCCCCGGCAGUGGGAGCGGCAGUCGGGGACGCCUCAACUCGUUCACUCAGGGAAUCCUGCCCAUCGUCUUCUCCAGGCCAACUUCGCAGAACUACUGCUCCCUGGAGCAGCCAGGCCAGGGCGGCAGCACCAGCGCCUUCGAGCAGCUGCAGAGGUCCCGACGGCGCCUCAUCUCCCAGAGAUCCUCCUUGGAGACCCUGGAAGAUAUUGAGGAGAACGCCCCUCUCCGGAGAUGUCGAACUCUCUCAGGUUCACCCAGACCAAAGAAUUUUAAGAAGAUUCAUUUUAUCAAGAACAUGCGGCAGCAUGAUACCAGGAAUGGCAGAAUAGUCCUUAUCAGCGGCAGAAGAUCCUUCUGUAGUAUAUUUUCAGUGCUGCCAUAUCGCGACAGUACCCAAGUCGGGGACUUGAAGUUGGAUGGAGGAAGACAAUCAGCUGGCGCAGUGAGUUUGAAAGAGAUCAUUGGUCUGGAAGGUGUGGAGCUGGGUGCUGAUGGGAAGACUGUUUCCUAUACCCAAUUUCUGUUACCCACAAAUGCCUUUGGAGCCCGGAGAAAUACCAUAGACUCCACCUCCUCUUUCUCCCAGUUCCGUAACUUGAGCCACCGCAGCCUCUCCAUAGGCCGGGCAAGCGGCACCCAGGGGAGCCUCGACACAGGUAGUGACCUGGGAGACUUUAUGGACUAUGACCCGAAUCUCUUGGAUGACCCCCAGUGGCCUUGUGGCAAGCACAAACGCGUUCUGAUCUUCCCUUCCUACAUGACAACGGUGAUUGACUACGUGAAGCCCUCAGAUCUCAAGAAGGACAUGAACGAGACCUUCAAGGAGAAGUUUCCUCACAUUAAGCUGACGCUCAGCAAAAUUAGGAGUCUGAAACGAGAGAUGCGGAAGCUUGCGCAGGAGGACUGUGGCCUUGAGGAGCCCACAGUGGCCAUGGCCUUCGUCUACUUUGAAAAGCUCGCCCUCAAGGGGAAGCUCAACAAACAGAACCGGAAGCUGUGUGCUGGGGCAUGUGUGCUGUUAGCAGCCAAAAUUGGAAGUGACCUCAAAAAACACGAAGUCAAGCAUUUAAUUGAUAAACUGGAAGAGAAGUUCCGGCUGAACAGGCGAGAACUGAUUGCCUUUGAGUUCCCAGUGUUAGUGGCCUUGGAAUUCGCCCUCCACUUGCCAGAGCACGAAGUCAUGCCCCACUAUAGACGCCUGGUCCAGAGCUCCUAGCACCGGCUCCGAGGAGAGCCAAGGACCAUUUCUUCUCAGCUUGGUGGAGCAGCACUUACUACUGGAAAUGAAAAAAAAUAGAACUCAAAAUACCAGACUUUUCUUCCUCUCGACAUGGUUUGAGGAGAAGCAGUACUAGGAACUUUCCAAGGAGUCUUGGGUGUGUAGCCAAGAGGAGCCAUGAGCUGUGGACUCCUCAAACAAGGGAAGAGGAGGUGCGUGCUGAGAACAGAGAGGCCCUGUCCUCUGUCCACUAGCGAGAAUCGCCAGCUGCCCCAGCCCGGUCUUUCUCCCCAGCAUUCACAAACUUUGCAAGCGUGGUCCAGGGCCUUCUCCAGAUCUGUUCCAACUUGGAGUGUGAAGGGCUUGAGCGUAUGGGGGAAGAAAGUCUGCAGAAGUUGGGGGAAAACUUUUAGAAGAUAACCUCAUUGUGUCAAAGGGUGUGCCAAUCUAUUUUUGUAUCAGCCAUUGGAAGUGCACUUCGUCCUGGGGCGUGUGGGUGUGUGAGUGUACAAGUGUCUGAGAGAUGCUGCAUCAGCCCUAGACCCCCCAGAGCUGGUCCCACCCUUUACAGAGCAGCCUUCAGCCUGGGGCCAUGGGCAAGGCUGACCUUCGGCAAUUAUUUCUAGAUGAUUUCUGGAUAAGAAUUGCUCUCUCGGUACCAGACAGUUUGACAUCCUCCACCCUUAGAAAAAUGACAUUGUUUUGUUACUGCUUCUACCCACCAAGGGGGUAAAGAAGGCGAGUUCUGAGCGUUGGAUGAGUCAGUCGCGUGGAAGGGUGUGGAGCGUGGCACUCUAACUUCCUGCCGUCUGCCACCACGCCACAUGUGUUUAACCCUCGCACUUUCUCCACUGUGGAGACGGCUGGGGCGGCGCCCCACAGUGUGUAUUCCUGUCCUCUAUGUUAGAGUGCAUCAUAAGCACAUUUACUGUGCUAUCUAUAUCUCUAUAUAAAAGUGUUUUAUAAAAACCCAGAAUAGGAGCACGACGCAUGAUUGGUGUUUGAGGCGUUUGCCAGCUGGGACAAACUGCGUUUGGAGCUGUGGUUAAGCUGACUAAGGAGACGGUGGCUCUCACCAUUCCUACGUGCCCAGGGCUGUUCAUGCAAGAUUUUAAUGGUGACUUGUCCUGGUUUACCGGGACAGUCUGCAUGAGGCGUGUCACCACACUGUCGCCUCACAGCUGCAAGAGAGAGGCACCAGCUGAAGUUCCCCUGACUGAAGUGAGCCUGUGGCCAUGUAAAAAGAGAAUUAAACUCUUGUUGCUUUUUGUAUA